CAGAAAAAGAAAAGAAAAGAAAAGUUACUGCCCCUUCCCUUCUCUCUGGGUCUCAAAAUCUCUCCGGCCAUGGACUCCUUCUUUCAAGGCAUCAGAUCCAGAGAACUCAACGGAUUCAAAGUUAAAAAGCGACCAUAUGUAGGAGACAAAGCCACAGAUUUUACAGAACUUGGAGCCCUAGCGGUUGAACACGACGGCGAAGAAACGCCCCCUUUAGCCAUUUCUUUUUGCGAGACAAAUAAAAAUUCGCAUAUUUUGGCUGUGUCUGAUGAGGAUGGGUAUUUGAGCUUGUUUGAUUCUCGCAAGAAGUUCCCUUCUUAUGCCUCUCAUCAAGAGUGUUCAGAUACAGCUAGAAUUAGUGACUGGGUGGCUCAUCAGAAUGCUAUAUUUGAUAUAUGUUGGAUUAAGGAAGAUACUAAUAUACUCACAGCUUCAGGAGAUCAAACUAUAAAGAUAUGGGACGCACAGGAGAAGAAAUGCAUUGGAGUCUUGAUGGGGCACACAGGAAGUAUUAAAUCUAUGUGUUCCCAUCCAACAAAUUCUGAUAUUCUUGUUUCUGGUUCUAGAGAUGGGUCCUUUGCCACAUGGGACUUGAGAUGCAACACUACUUCCAAAAGUGAGAUAACUUGCAUAACUCCAACGUCCAUGGUGAAAAGAGCUCAUCUUUCACCUUAUGCGAAGCGGGUUAGGCGGGGAAAGGCUGCUUCCAUGAGCAUCACAUCAGUUCUUUAUCUCAAAGAUGAGGUCUCCAUUACCACUGCUGGAGCAGUGGACAGCAUUAUAAAAUUCUGGGAUGCCAGAAACUUAAAGACUCACGUGACUCAGGCGUGCCCUCAUCCUAAAUCAGCCGAUAAGGACAGAAGAUUGCACGGUAUAUCUAGCCUAUCUCAGGAUUCAAAUGGAGUCUUUCUUACUGCUUCAUGCAUGGACAAUAGAAUCUAUUUGUAUAACGCACUUCAGCUUGAAAAGGGUCCCGUGCAGUCAUUCUCUGGAUGCCGGAUUGAAUCCUUCUAUGUAAAGUCAGCAAUCAGUCCUGAUGCAACUCAAAUUCUCAGUGGAUCUACUGAUGGAAAUGCCUACAUAUGGCAGGUGAACAAGCCUGAGGCAGAUCCCAUCACAUUGAAAAGCCAUGAUGGAGAAGUUACAGCAGUAGAUUGGUGCCCCUAUGAUGGGAAGAUAGCCACUUCUUCAGAUGACUUCACUGUCCGCAUUUGGAACAUCCAAAGCAAUAAUUAUUCUAGCUCAAGAUCCCCAUCUUCUAUUCGAAGGAGAAUAAUGGCAAUUCCUAGUGAGGAAUGUAGAAGGCUUUUAAUGAAUGAAGAACCGUUGAGUCUUACAAAAACUUCCAAUCAUUUGAAUUCUUCAGAUGAAUUACUCCAGGUUGACUUACCGAACUCUAUCAGAAUGCCUACUCUAAGCACCCCUGAAGCCCACAAGAGAAAGUUCUCCUCAGGUUCUGAUUCAAAAGGAACUUUUGACAAAACACCUGAAGCAGCAAUGAAGAGCCCGUCUUCUGUUUUGAAUCCCCCAUCUUCUUUGAAAAGAAAGACUAUCCGGGAUUACUUUCUAGCAGCCUAAAGAUACUAAAGAGUAUAAAUGAAUCAACCAGCACUCGCAUUUUGUAGGUUUUUUGCUCGAGUAGUUGGUGCAUCAUUUUCUUCAGAUUACAUAGGGUUAAUUUUGAAAUGUAAAGCGACAAACAAAAGGAUAUUUUUUUAAGGCAGUAUUUUGUACCAUCAAUUCAUUCUGCCGUUUUCCUUGCAAAUAUGUUUUUGAAGAUUGAGUAUAGAAUUAGUGUAAACUUUUAGCCUAUACUGUUUAUAAUCGCUACAUUCAGUUGCUACUGUUUUUAGAUAUUGAUUCACACCCUAAAUUUGCAGGGUACGGUUUCUCAUUGAGACAAGUUUUUUUUUUUAACAAUUAAUUGAAAUGAGUUUACUGAUCUGUAAUUUGAUUUUGUUCAGCAUUUGGU